GAUUUUUUUGCAGAUUAGGUGUGAACCAACAAAAAGGGUAAUAAAUUCAUAGACUUCUUCUCUAGAAAGGUACAUCUCUCAAUCAUCAAACUAGAGCAAUUCAGAGAAACAAAGGAGAGACAGAGAAGACAGUGGUGGGUGGGUGAUUCUUCAUCCUCUCCAUGACCAGAACCAAAAAAUCAAAAUUGGAUAAUCAUCAUCAUCAAGAAGAACAAGAAGAGCUUAUACCAGGAUUACCAGAUCAUCUCUCACUACUCUGUUUGUACAGAGUAAAUAAACCAAAUCUACUCUACUCUGUUUGUCAUUCAUGGAGAAAAAUAAUCUACUCACCAAAUUUCCCACCUUUUCUUUCUCUGUACGCAAUUCUAUCACCACCCAUAAACAACAAAAGUCAUCUCGUUUCAAAUUCGAUUCAUAUUUCUUCAUUUGAUCCGAUUUCAUCAAAAUGGAAUUCAAUUGCUCCAUCAAUUCCAUUAUUAAACUCACCCCCAUUUUUAUUACACCAUCCAUCAUUUCUUUCACGCCAACUACCAAUCCAAUCAGUCACUCUAUCAAACACUCUAGUUUUCGUUUCAGGAACUACAAACAAUCUCAUCCCAGCGCUUUCCAAUCCUUUGAUUUUCAACCCACUUUCGAAUAAAUGGAGUUUGGGUCCUCAAAUCAAUCACCCGCGCAGAUGGUGUGCCACUGGUGUAGUCCAUGGCUCUCUUUACAUUGCUUCUGGUAUUGGGUCCCGGUAUAAUCGUGAUGUUGCUCAAUCUGCUGAGAGAUGGUGUUGUUCAGAGGACAGCAGCAGCAGAAACUACUGGGAAAAGAUAUCAUCUUUGAAAGAUGGAAGAUUCAGUAGAGAAGCAAUUGAAGCCGUUGGAUGGAGAGGGAAGCUGAUGAUGGUCAAUGUAAAAGGCAAUGCGGUCAAAGAAGGAGUAUUAUAUAAUGUUGAGACCGAUACAUGGGAAGAUAUGCCGCAAGGAAUUUUGAUCGGGUGGAACGGGCCUACUACAACGAUGGAUGAGGAAGAAAUCUACACCGUUGAUGAGAGAAAAGGGGUUUUAAAAAGGUAUAAUGUGAAUCUCGAUGUCUGGGAGAGUAUUAUUGAAUCAAGAGAUUUGAUUGGUGCUGUUCAGAUUACUGCCCGGGGUGGGAAGAUUUGUGUUGUUUGUGGUGGUGGGAAUGGGAUUUUGGUGGUGGACUUGUUGGUAGAGCCGGUGAAAAUGUGGGUUUUAGAACCACCUCCACCGCCUGAUUUACAAGUUGUGGGGAUUCAUAUUCUGCCUAGAAUGUCUUGUAGUUGCAACGAAUCAGAAUUGUGAUUCAGAUUAGGGGUAUUUUGGGCCAUUUCUGGGUAUUAUUAUUUUAUUUUUGUAUUUAUUUCCAAAAAGGUAGUAUAUUGAAUGUUAGGUUGUUAAGCUUUUAUAAAGGUGACAGAGAUAACAUUAAAUAUUUUAUAAAAAGGAUUUUUUGGAAUUAUUUUUUAA